AUACAUAAGAAAAAAGAAACAAAAAAAAAAGAAACGAAAAAGAAAAAGAAAAAAAUAAAAACACUUGUUGAGGGGCUUUCUCCGCAAACAUUUUAUCUAUUAUUUAACUAAAAGGUGAUUACUUUCACGUUACUAUAAUGGCUGAAGAUGAAAUAUGUCGACCAGUGCCGGCCCCUCGACGUCUCUAUCCCGAAUUGAGUAAAACUCAAUAUGAAAAUGUUUCCGUUGAUUUGAUUAAUAAAAAUUUGAAUAUAAAUUCAGAAAAUAUACAAAACAAUGUAAGCUGCAGUGAUAAAGUACCCAACAAUAAAGUGUUUUUACUUUAUCCCACUUUAAAGGAGGAUUCAGAAAAACUGAGCUCACCUAAGACAAUCCUAACGGAAACCAAUGAUCUGUAUGGACCAAAUGCCAAUGAAGAUAUUAAUUUGUAUAGUCAACCAACGCCCGCACCCAGACCUAGAAAACCGCAAAAUAAUGAAACACAAGUUUAUGAAAAUGCAAUCAUCAAACCCAAGAUCAACGAAAUUGAAACAUUGUGCACAGAUUUAUCAUUAGAUAGCAAACCUCUACGUCGUGCACCUGAUUUACCACCGAAAAUCUUCGCGAAUAUUGAUCGUGAUCGUGAAAUACGUGAAAUACCUGAAAUUCGUGAAAUACGUCAACGUAGUCACUCCAUAUCAAGUGAAUUUUCAACAACAAGUAGCAACACUUUCAAUAAUAAUAAUAAUAACGACAACAGCGAUACAUUGGAAUCGAGAGGGAAAUUUUCACCGAACAAAACUUAUCCGCCAUUAACAGCAAAGUGCCUUAGUCAGAGAUCUUCAAGUUCCUCGUUGGCUGAAUCAAUUGAUAGUUCGGAUAAUUUUAGAUACAAAUCACCAUCACCCGGGUAUGUUAAUGUUGAAUAUGACGAAGAUCAUCAUAACAAUGCGGACAUGUCGUCACAAACAUUUUGCAAUAUUGAAAAAAGUCCGGUCAUAAAUAUCAUCAACAAUAUUGACAAUGAUCUUUUGAAAUCAUUGGGUACUACUUCAAAAUUAUUAACCGAAUCAAUAGGAGAACGCGUUGUCUCCAAGGCUAAAGGUGCUAAGCAUAAAUUUGAUAAGAAUUUGAAAAAUUCUUCUGACAUUUUAAGUAAUAUCGGUUUCGAGACUACACAUCGCCUUAAAACUCUCGGUUCAAAUUUGAAUUUAAUUAAACGAGAUAAAAGCAAGGAUACUAUGUCGUUAUCACAACUUAAUUCUGAUCGACCUCAAACAGUGCCUCCUAAUGAUACAGUUUUUAAUACUAUAACAUUUAGUAGUCCAUUGUCGCGUAAAAGUGGCGGCGUAUGCGAUUUAACCAGCAACGAACGUUUGGAUUCAUCUUAUGAGGUGCCGCGUAGUGUGAAGCCGGUUAAUAGUGUUCAUACUUUUAGAUCGUCAGUGAAAACGGAAUUUAUGCGAAAUACAGUUAUUAGUAAAUCCCUGGUUAUUCCCAAAGGCAACUCUGCACAAAACAAUUCAAAUCUGAACAGAGUGUUGGAAGAAUUGAGUUCGCGUUUUCCAGACAAUGUUUGCAGAGAUUCUGUGGAUUUACCUUCGCCGCCAAUGCCCACCAUACCGGCUCCUAUCUUAACAGAGAAAAUGGAAAAUUUGAUUAGUCCAGAGCCUGUUUAUGGAAAAUUAAAUCCAAUACAACCACCUGUUCGGCAGAAGCGACGAAAGAAUUGUGAAGAAAUUCAGAUGAGACGGCAAUUAAGUGCGACAUUAGACGAAUGCUCACUAAGAGUAAAUGUAGACUCGAUGGAAUUGCAAAAAUUAAAUUCAGAAGCUGAAGCAGCGGAACGUGAGGAAUCAUUGAUUCUAAGGCAACUGAUAAACGCUGAAGAGAAAUAUACACCGAUACCAGAGCGUAGUGAUUCAUGGGAAUACUAUGAGGAAAGCAAUGCCAACAAUAGUCAAGAUUCAUCGUCACCAGAACCUGAGCCGAUUUAUGUUAAUCAGGAGAUAACUUAUGGAAAUGUUUUCGAAAUGGCUACGAGCAAUAAAGAUUUGUUAACACCUCAAAAUACCUUGGUGAGUAUAACGGAAGAAGACUCUGAUAAUGACGGUGAACAGGGGGCCGUUGGUGGUGUGACGGAACCUCCUAAAGCAAUAAUAGAGGAAUUCGAUCCUCUUACCAAGCGUAAAGCUUCCACGAUUUGUCGUAGCGAUAAAAGUAACCAAUUAUUACUGUUGGAAUAUUUGCUUGAAGAAGAAACAUAUGGUGCGAUAAAAAAAACUCAUUCCAAUUCUGACGAUGAGCUGAGCAUGUGCACAUCAGAAGAAGAUAACAUUAAUAUUAGCAAUGGUGUUGCACUUAAUAAAAAAAAGUCCGAGGAAUCAAAAGCUUCAUCUUUACCGGUCGCGCGUACUUCUACUACCGUAUGUCCAACUAAGACCCAAACAGCUACUAGCAAAUCUUCCAAGUCCAUGCAAAUUGUUCAUCAAAAUGCUCAGUUACUUUCUGAUAGUGUGGAGAAUAUAAUUUCUGACACGAACGAUGUCGAAAAACAAGCUAAGCCCUAUUUAAGUCACGUUGAAGAUAAGCCGCCGUCAAAUGUAGCUGUUGACUUAGCCCGGCCAUCAGAAAAUCGUUCUCAAUGGUUUGUCGGAGAGUCAAGAGAUUCUUCUGAUUCUAAAUGCUUUAAAUCGAGUAAAUUAAGUAUGGAUGAUGGCGAAAGUCCACCCUCGUAUUUGGAAGCAAUCGGUGAUAAGACUUCAAGCGGCGACACAAUAAAAACUCGCUCAUCGCGUUUCAAAAACACUAUGAAUGUGUUUUCGAAUGUGAUGACGCGAGUGGACGCUUUAAAGCGUAAAACGAGUUUCAAGUCUGCCCAAAAAUCUGUUGAAGUGAAAGUUACGCUACAAAUGAUACCGCGGCCUACGCUAUCGCCUCUGUUCGUGCGUUACGAAGGACAUUUGGUGCGAUUUCCCUCCGGAGUUGUUGAAGAUAUACUAAAAGAGAUGCAAAAUCGGAAAGCCGUUUUAAGAGAUCGACAAUUUCAGACAUUUUUGGAUCAAGAGAUGAAAACACCUAAAGAAAGCAUUUCUUUAGAAAAUAUUACCACUGUCCAAUGUGUGAGCAACAGUCGAGUUACCGAUAAUUCAACUCAUUUCUAUUGCUUUGAAAUUACAACAACAAUUCCAAAGAAUGGUAACGGUUUCGUUGGCAAUGUACAGCAAAUGUCGAAUCCUAAUUUAAUUAUGACCAGCGGGUCAUCGGGCAAUGUGAAACAUCAACGAGUUUCCCAUUUAUAUGGCGUAAGCAAAGAAUCUGAAAGAGACAUAUGGAUGCAAAAAAUAUUGGAAAGUCUUACCAAUUCCAUACCGACAAAGUACACAUGUCAUUAUUACAGAGCGGGUUGGUGUUAUCUCAAGAAUUCCAUAACUUCGGAAUGGAGUGGUACAUGGUUGGUGUUGAAGAAGUCUCAAAGACGUUUAGUCUUUGUAACGGAAAUUUCAGGGAAUAUCGAAAAAAUGGAUUUACGUAAGGCGCGAUGCAUAGUGCUUAAAGAAAGCGAUGAUAGCAUUAAAAAUUUGCAUGUCGAAUCGGGCCCGAUGUUGAUGAUUGAUGCUCCCCCUUUUACCGUUUACAUAAUAAUGAGUGCUCCGCGUGAAACGAAAGUAUGGCGUAAUAUAAUACGUGAGGUCGCCCAUAAUAAUGGAUUUUCAUUAGCCGAUCAGCAGUUAACUAAAUUUAAUGUGCCUGUUAUAGUCGAUAAAUGCAUUAAUUUCGUUUACAUACACGGCUCGAUGUCGGAGGGUAUUUAUCGUAAAUCGGGAUCUGAAAAUUCUAUACAUAAAUUAAUGUCAGCAUUUCGCGCGGAUGCAUUCAAUGUCGAAAUCACUCGCAACGAAUACAAUGAACACGAUGUAGCGAACGUUUUAAAACGAUUCAUGCGCGAUUUACCCGAACGUUUAAUGGGCAAAUUGUCGGAGAGUUUUAUGUGCAUUAGCGAAUUAGAGGCAAACAGCGAAAAGAUUACUUUAUAUAAAGAAUUGUUAGCCCGUUUAAAUAUCAUAGAACGUGAAACAUUGAAAAAAAUUGUCGGUCAUUUAGCUUUCAUUAGUUCCCAGCUGAACAAAAAUAAAAUGAGCAUACAAAAUUUGACAAUGAUUUGGGGACCGACUCUUAUCCAAAGCAUUCAAGCCGAGGAGAUGAUUUACUCGCAAAAAGAGGCCGACGUUUUGACAGAUUUAAUUAAUUUUAAUAAAGAUUUAUUUCCACUAACAGCCGAUGAAUUGAAAAAGGAGCAGGAAAUGUUAAUGUGUCUUCAAAAAUAUUAUGCUGCCGCCGAAACGCUUACGGAUUCGGUAAAAAAAUCAGGAGAUCUCAAAAUGUGGAUUACAUUAAAUCCAAAUCCUGAGAAUACGACAGAGGAUAAGACUCAAGUGAAUGUAACCAUAUCGCCUACGAAAACUGCCUACGAAGUUUGCCAGGAGUUGGCAUCAAAAAUGAAUCUUUCAACGCACCAGAUUACUCUAUACGAAAUCAUACUUAAUGGUAACUUAGAGCGACCGUUGCAUCAUGACAUUAAAGUGUUCGAUGUAGUAUUAAAUUGGUCAUAUUGGCCAGACGAUGAUCGUAGAAACAAUACUUUGGUAGUUAAACCAAUUGAAAUAUUGAACGAAGUGCAACGGGCUGUUAAGAAUUUAGCUAUAAUAACGCCUGGUAAAGAAUUGAAAUUUGUUGAUAAUCGAACGAAAUCGUUUAAAAGUUAUCAAUGUGAGCUAAGAGAUGGAAAAAUUGUGAUAUCGAAGAAGGAGAAAAAUGAAAAGAAUACAAUUGUAAGAGAAAUAUUUUUACAUAGUGCAAUCGCAUAUUUGGGUUGUGAGAAAAAGAGAGAAUUUCCGUGGAGUUGGGCGAUAACAUUUGUUGAAAAAACUCAAACACAAAUCUUAAGGUCACGUGAUACACCUUAUAUAGGACACGUUUUGGCCGGCAGUGAAUGGGUAGAUCGUACAAUUUGGUAUUCCAGUAUAUGGUAUUGUUUAUAUGGCGAUAACAUAUUACCGCCAGCGGAAAUUAUUAUUGAAUAGUAAUUAGAUCGCGUAUAUAUUUAAUUAUAUAGAUAUAUAUAUUAAUUGUAGUUAAAAAUUUUCAUAAAUAUUUUACAAACACACACAGCAUUUAUUGUA